AUGAUGAAGCUGACAGUUACUCUUUUGAGCUUGAGUGUGGCUCAUCUCACCCCAAUGGUUUCGGCUAUGCCAUCCCAUACCCGAAGUUCCGACUCAGCCGUGUCAACAUACGCAGAUGACAUGUUCAACACUGCAAUUGAGUGGAACGAUGGUUUCUGGGACGAAGAAGCAGGUUACUUGAUCGCAGCAGCUAGCAAUGAUGGCCGCUACGACAGUAGACACAGUGGGUGGUAUGCGACUCAGCUGUUGGCUAGAAAUGGACCUGGAGAUGUUGCGAGAGCUGUUCGCAUCUUUGACAACGUAAUCUCGGGGCAAUGGCUCGACCCUUCUUUGCAAUGGUAUGGGGAUUAUCAACAAUCGCCGUCGAUACCCGAACCUGGAACGCCCGAAUAUGUCAAUGGCGGUCCUUAUAGCUCAUGGGAUCCUAAUAUUCGAGACUUCGUGGGCUGUGCCUGGAUAAUGGCCCUUAAUGAUUAUGAGCAUCUGCUUCCGGCGGAAACGGUUACGAAGAUAGAGAAAUCGCUUCACAUUGCGGCGAAGGGGGAUUUAUACCGUGUUGGCGGAGUUGACGGGGAUAAUCUCUACCCUUGUUAUUCUAAUCCCUGGUUGAUGGGGACCAUCUUGGUAAGCUGGGUGGGUGAAAGGUUAGGUGAUAAAAACUUGACACAGAGUGGCGAGAGGCUUGCGCAGGAAUUUUAUGAUCUCUGGAGUCAACAUCAUACUCUUUCCGAGUUCAAUUCCCCAACAUACGCUGGCGUCUCUAUGUGGGCCUUGUCUCUCUGGAGCAAAUAUGCAGCUGAAGACAGUCUGUUGAAGAAAUAUGCACCUGAAGUUUUGACCACGACCUGGAACGACAUUUCUCAACUCUACAACGCAAAUUUGAAGAAUCUUGCAGGACCCUGGGAUCGCACCUACGGCUACAAUAUGAAAGACUACACUUCUCUUGUUGGUGCCGUGAUUUGGGGAGCGGUUGGACGCGAAUAUGCUCCUUUCCCACAAUGGACGUCGGGCAUGUAUCAUCAGGAUGAUUUUGCCUUCUACCCACUAUUCGCCCUUAGUAUGCCGGAAAUGUUGAAGUAUUUGUCAGCCGAGUCCAAGUCAAAGUUCAUUCAGUUUCCUGGGGAACACUUCUUCACUGGUCAAGCCUACUCUCCGCCAUUUGAUACAUAUUCACGAAAUAUUACUACUUGGAUGUCCGAGAAUAUUACCAUCGGUGCCGAGACUGUGGCGGAGCAUGUUAUCGGGGGGCCAGCAGAGAGUACCUCGGCGUUUAGUCCUGCUGUUAUUCAGUGGGCGAUCGACGAUUACCAAAUUGGAUGUGUCUCGCACUGGGUGAGCGAGUCCUCCAUUCAUGCCGUGGCUUCUCCAAAAACUUUGAACAUCUCCUACCCCAAUGCUACUGCAGCAAGCUAUCCGGUUUCAUUCAACUUCUUGUUCAGCGGUCUCAAUGUCCGAAAUGGCUUUAAUGUGACUGGACUUGAAGGUCUACCUGGUCUACCUCUGGAGGUCGAGACAAACGCUGCUGCUAAUUACAGUAUUGUCUAUGAUACAGAUCAGACUGUGAAUGAUUUCAUCUUCUACAACAUUACUUACACUAUGCCAGACGAUUUCACUGAGGAACCAUAUAUAUCUCUCCGGGUUGUUUGA